AUGAGUACGGAAAAAAUAUAUUUUUUCGGUUCACCUUGGAAUGGACCGGACUGGCUCAAGAAUGCCAGCCAAAGUGUUGGCACUUUAAAUGGCGUUCCUGGUGAUAAAUACCAUAAAGCAUGGGCUCAUUAUUUUAGUAAAUUUAUUGAAGCCUAUGAGUUAGAAGGAAUUCCUAUUUGGGGAAUUACCACACAAAAUGAGUACAGUCAAGUCAGAGAUUUUGAAGGAUUAUUUUAUACAACUGAACAAUUAGCAGAUUUUAUUCGAAUAGAUUUAGGGCCAGAACUUCGGAAAAAUCAUCCGUUAGUUAAAAUUAUGAUCUAA